GGGGAGGGCGCAACGUCCUGCUUGUCACAGCAGCUCAGGAUGCAGGGGGACUAUGUGCUGGGUGGGCUCUUCCCUCUGGGCUCUGCCGAGGGUACAGGUCUUGGCGACGGGCUGCAGCCCAAUGCCACCGUGUGCACCAGGUAGGAAUGCAGGGGGUGGGGAGCGAGGCUGGGAGUGGCUCGGGUCGGGGGUGCUCCUGAGUGGGGAUGAGGUGUCGGCCACCCGCAGCCCUGUGUGGCCCCAGGUUCUCGUCUCUGGGCCUGCUCUGGGCGCUGGCCGUGAAGAUGGCGGUGGAGGAGAUCAACAACGGGUCGGCCCUGCUGCCCGGGCUGCACCUGGGCUAUGACCUCUUUGACACGUGUUCAGAGCCCAUGGUGGCCAUGAAGCCCAGCCUCGUGUUCAUGGCCAAAGCAGGCAGCUGCAGCAUUGCCGCCUACUGCAAUUACACACAGUACCAGCCCCGCGUGCUGGCCGUCAUCGGGCCCCACUCGUCCGAGCUCGCCCUCGUCACCGGCAAGUUCUUCAGCUUCUUCCUUGUGCCUCAGGUCAGCUACGGCGCCAGCACCGACCGGCUGAGCAACCGGGAGAUCUUCCCGUCCUUCUUCCGCACGGUGCCCAGCGACCAGGUGCAGGUGGCGGCCAUGGUGGAGCUGCUGCAGGAGCUCGGCUGGAACUGGGUGGCGGCGGUGGGUAGUGACGACGAGUAUGGCCGGCAGGGCCUGAGCCUCUUCUCCGGCCUGGCCAGCGCCAGGGGCAUCUGCAUCGCGCAUGAGGGCCUGGUGCCACUGCCGCCAGGCAGCCUGCGGCUGGGCGCCCUACAGGGCCUGCUGCGCCAGGUGAACCAGAGCAGCGUGCAGGUGGUGGUGCUGUUCUCCUCCGCCCACGCGGCCCGCACCCUCUUCAGCUACAGCAUCCGCUGCAAGCUCUCACCCAAGGUGUGGGUGGCCAGCGAGGCCUGGCUGACCUCAGACCUGGUCAUGACGCUGCCCGGCAUGCCUGGGGUGGGCACCGUGCUGGGCUUCCUGCAGCAGGGCGCCCCGAUGCCGGAGUUCCCAUCCUACGUGCGGACCCGCCUGGCCCUGGCCGCUGACCCUGCCUUCUGCGCCUCGCUGGACGCUGAACAGCCAGGCCUGGAGGAGCACGUGGUGGGGCCACGCUGCCCCCAAUGUGACCACGUCACGCUAGAGAACCUAUCUGCGGGGCUGCUGCACCACCAGACCUUCGCUGCCUACGCGGCUGUGUAUGGCGUGGCCCAGGCCCUUCACAACACACUGCGCUGCAAUGCCUCGGGCUGCCCCAGGCGGGAGCCUGUGCGGCCCUGGCAGCUCCUAGAGAACAUGUACAACGUGAGCUUCCGUGCUCGCGGCCUGGCACUGCAGUUCGACGCCAGCGGGAACGUGAACGUGGAUUACGACCUGAAACUGUGGGUGUGGCAGGACCCGACGCCCGAGCUGCGCACCGUAGGCACCUUCAAGGGCCGCCUGGAGCUCUGGCGCUCUCAGAUGUGCUGGCACACGCCGGGGAAGCAGCCCGUGUCCCAGUGCUCCCGGCAGUGCAAGGAGGGCCAGGUGCGCCGCGUGAAGGGCUUCCACUCUUGCUGUUACGACUGCGUGGACUGCAAGGCGGGCAGUUAUCAGCGCAACCCAGAUGACCUCCUCUGCACCCAGUGUGACCAGGACCAGUGGUCCCCAGACCGGAGCACACGCUGCUUCGCCCGCAAGCCCAUGUUCCUGGCAUGGGGGGAGCCAGCCGUGCUGCUACUGCUCGCGCUGCUGGCUCUGGCGCUGGGCCUGGCGCUGGCAGCCCUGGGGCUCUUCCUCUGGCACUCGGACAGCCCGCUGGUUCAGGCCUCAGGUGGGCCACGGGCCUGCUUUGGCCUGGCCUGCCUGGGCCUGGUCUGCCUCAGUGUCCUCCUGUUCCCUGGCCAGCCAGGCCCUGCCAGCUGCCUGGCCCAGCAGCCACUGUUCCACCUCCCACUCACUGGCUGCCUGAGCACGCUUUUCCUGCAAGCGGCCGAGAUAUUUGUGGGGUCGGAGCUGCCACCAAGCUGGGCUGAGAAGAUGCGUGGCCGCCUGCGGGGGCCCUGGGCCUGGCUGGUGGUGCUGCUUGCUAUGCUGGCAGAAGCCGCAUUGUGUGCCUGGUACCUGGUAGCCUUCCCGCCAGAGGUGGUGACGGACUGGCGGGUACUGCCCACAGAGGCGCUGGUGCACUGCCACGUGCACUCCUGGAUCAGCUUCGGCCUGGUGCAUGCCACUAACGCCAUGCUGGCCUUCCUCUGCUUCCUGGGCACUUUCCUGGUGCAGAGCCGGCCAGGCCGCUACAAUGGUGCCCGCGGCCUCACCUUUGCCAUGCUGGCCUACUUCAUCACCUGGAUCUCCUUUGUGCCCCUCUUUGCCAAUGUGCACGUGGCCUACCAGCCUGCCGUGCAGAUGGGCACCAUCCUCCUCUGUGCCCUGGGUAUCCUAGCCACCUUCCACCUGCCCAAGUGCUACCUGCUGCUGCAGCGGCCGGAGCUCAACACCCCUGAGUUCUUCCUGGAAGACAAUGCCAGAGCACAGGGCAGCAGUUGGGGGCAGGGGAGGGGAGAAUCGGGGCAAAAACAAGUGACACCUGAUCCAGUGACCUCACCGCAGUGAGCCUACUAGACUUAGUUGAGAUGCCCCCAAACUGAGUUCUUAUGAAGCAACCCAGACAGUACCUCAACUGCCGAGACCACCCCCAGUUCUAGAUCUUGACAGCAGGCUGACCGCUGACCUGGAUGCCACAAUGAUCCUUGGGCCUGCAGCACUCAGGAAGGUCCUCAGCACCCACCUGGGGCCCCAGAGAGACUCUGCCCCUGUCCCAGCCAAGCCCUGGCCAGGGCCUACCCAGGUGAUCCAGCCCUACUGUUCCAGAAUAAAGCCAACAAAAGUUUCCUCGGGGCUCCUUAGCUCAGGCCAAGAGCUCAGGAAGGCCCCUAGCCAGACCACUUGAAGGCCAAGCUGGGCAUCACUUGCCUGGCCAGGCCCAGCCUGGAGACCCCAGCCAGCACCCCCUCCAAGCAUCACAGGGGUGGGAGGUUGGUGGGUGGUGGUCAGCUGUGCUGACUCCUCCGCAGAGGCACGUGACAGACCGUGGUUCCCAGAGUGGUGCAGGAAUAGUGAGCAGGGCAGAAGCCCACUUAGUGGGGGAGGGAGACACCCAAACUCUUCCCCUCCCUGGCCCAACCCAAGCGGGUAAAAUGGGGUCAGCCGCCACCAGCACCGUGGACAGAGCCCAGGCAGGGUGGUGGUGGGACUCAGCACCAAGGCCAGCACCCACGACGAAGACCCCUGGAGCCGGGAGGCAGCACCACGGACAGAAGACCAGCCACGGACUCUGCUGGCAGCCAGCACCGGGGACAGAGCCUUGUGGCGGACCCGGGAACCCAGAGCGCAGCACCUGGCCAGUCCUGGGUCAGCUCUUAGCCAGGCCCUGGGGAGGCUGGACAAGUCUUCUAAGGUACCCCGGCAGGAGAGAAGAGACAGUCCACACGUCAGUCCCAUAAAAUUAAAUGCUUUUUAGUCUUUAAAAUAGCA